AUGACGCGCCGUCCGCACCAGUUCAAGAUGGAGAGUGUUUCGACUAUGGCCAAGCAUCUGGAUGAUUUCGACGAGCUUAUCGUCGGAUUGCAGACACUGGGAGAGCCCGUCGAUGAAGCUCGACAGCUGGUAGUGCUAUUAAGCAGCCUUCCUUUUGAGUAUGAAUUAAUUUCAGUAAUCGUGGAGAACGCCAAGGAUGUGUCUCUGAUCGAGGUGAAAGAAAACCUGCUCAAGGAAUACGAGCAACUAGAAAAAAAGGACGCCACCAUGGAGUAA